CAUGUGGAGGACUGUAAACCCCCGAGGAAAACCCACAGGUCCUCUUCUUGUUGCUACAUUCUGGCCUGAUCUGCCAGAGAAAAUCGAUGCUGUCUACGAGGCCCCUCAGGACGAGAAGUCUGUAUUUUUUUCAGGAAAUGAGUACUGGGUUUAUUCCGCCAGCAACUUGGACAGGGGCUACCCAAAGAAACUCACCAACCUGGGAUUGCCCCCUGAUGUGCAACGUGUCGAUGCAGCUUUUAACUGGGGCAGAAACAAGAGGACAUACAUUUUUGCUGGAGACAGAUACUGGAAGUACAAUGAAGAGAAGAAAAAAAUGGAGCUUGCAUCCCCUAAAUUCAUUGCUGACUCUUGGAAUGGUGUUCCAGAUAACCUUGAUGCUGUCCUGGGUCUGGCUGACAGUGGAUACACCUACUUUUUCAAAGAUCAGUACUACCUACAAAUGGAAGACAAGAAUUUGAAGAUUGUUAAAAUUGGCAAGAUAAGUUCUGACUGGUUGGGUUGCUGAACCAUAUGAGAUAUUAAUAACCAAAUAUUUACUUUUUCGUUAUAUGCCUUAUCUGUAAUUAGAAAUAGAUCUGAAUGCUAAUUACUGGACCAGUCUGGUACUGGCACCAAAACAUCAAGUACCAGUACUGUACACAUCAGAUAAUUUAUGAGUGUUUGCCUCCUCAGUAUACAAAAGAUGUUUACGUAUGUAUUCUGGUACAAUUUUUCAGUUUUCAUGCUAGUCAUAGUAGUGCUAGUAACAGAACAGCCCUUGUUCUUUAUUCCCUUGGUGCUUAAACAAAGCAUUGAAACUUCUGGAGACUGGAUCACUCCCCUCUGUUAUACACAUUCCAGAUAGGCUCAAAUGAGAUGUACCAGCAGUGCACUUUGAUUUUUAUUUUUUUUAAAUACAGCUCUGUUAUAAAUAGAUGGUUUGUCUUGAUGUUUUUCACCCUGUUUGAUCAUUACUUCCAUUUAUUUGCAUAAUAAUACAGAAAGACUGUCAAAGGCACAGGUUGCCUCGGGAUCUGCUUUGUGUUGAUGCAUGAUGGAAUCAUGGCAAGAAACUGUGUUAAAGUAUUGUUUUAAAGUACUUUUUAUUUUAAUACCUUAGUUAAAUUUAGCAAUUUGCUUCAUGCACUUUGUUACUACUAUAUAACUUGUUUAUAUGGAUGGAAACGACUCAGAUUUUUGAAGACAACGUGUUAUACAUAGAAGUCAAGUAUAAUUGCUUAACUUGUUUUAUUUUCCUGUUCUUUAUAAUAUUGGGGGGUUGUUCAAUUAGGUUUUCUGCUUAUGCAUCGGGCAACAGAAAAUUUUCUUUUCACGAUCUGAUGGAAUGGUUCUCAUUAAAAAAUAAACCAGAAAAGAAUGUCCUACACAUGAAGUGCCAACAAUACAAAUAAAAUCAAAUUACAUUGUCAA